UAAUGGGUCACUAGAUGGCGCUAUUUAACUUCUUUUUGGAUCCGCGUUCGAAAGCGCAGCAUUGACAGUCUACAAACAGAUUCAAACUUAUACUAUACACAAGACACGAGUGUAUUUUUGUAUUAGGUUUUUCCUCUGUAGAUCAGUUUAUGUUCGAGAUGACAGAGACAUUAGAAAACUUUGUUCUGACCAGCCAUUAAAUAGGCAAAUAUGUGUCACAACUACAAUAUGUAGUAAUCAUGGGGUCUUAUUAAACACACACAACUCGCUUCCUCAAAAAAAAAAAAAAAAAAAACUCACUUCCUCGUUUUCCCCUGACGAAAGAGCAACGACUGACCCGCCUGUCGGACACAGACGGCACUGGACAUCUCCAGUUAGUAAACAUUUUCUCACGAUAUUGGACGGCAUCUCCAGUCAUGCAGAGCGAGAUUUCACAUGACGUGAAGCAAUUGCACAAGGAGGCCUUGAGAAACUCUGUGCUGAACUCAACUCUGCCCAACUCUCUUUUGGGAGGUCAACCUGUGCGAGAAGUGAUCCAGAGAGGCCACUACACUCCCCUCUCAGUGUGUGCGUACGGGGAUGGUUACGGUAGGGUUAAGAGAGGAGAUUGGGAAGAUUUUGAGGAUGUCAUAUCUCGAGAGUUUCCUUCUGGAUCUGUAGGCAACAGAGUGGUUUUUCAGGGUGGAGUUGGAAUGGGUAAGACUACAGUGGCGGAAAAGGUAAUUUGGGAUUGGGCGACUGGCACGCGCCUGCAACAUUACGCACUCCUUCUGCGAGUGCCUGUUUUGGAGCUGGCCGCUCUUGAAGGGAAAGCUGAGAGUUUGCAGGGCAUGUUGGGCCGCACACACACUCAGAUCUCCUCUGAGACUCUCGCAGUCGCUCUACAGAGCCCUCAGUCUUUACUUCUUGUGCUCGACGGGCUGGAACAAUUGCAGAACCUUCUAUGCACUCCAUCGUCCUCCUCUAGUCUCGUCUUAGAUGUACCAGAAGCGACCGGCUCUGUAUUGCUGUGUAGUCUUCUUCACGGAUCUCUGCUUCCUGGAGCUUCAAUGCUGAUCACGUCCAGAGAGCCAGUCAAGCUUGAAUCUUUGAGAUGUUUUGAAGUGGCCGGUUUCUCCCAAAGCCAAAGGAGAACGUUCUUCCAGAAGUUCUUUGGUGACGUAGACCUAUCAGAGAGACUUUUUCAGCAAAGUGAGCAGGUGUUGGGAGUGCAUGAGCAGUGUUUUCGUCCGUCCUUCUGCUGGACGCUUUGCAGUGUGUUUAAAACUCAGUUUGAGAGUAAAAACACCCCACCUGAGACUCUUACUCACCUGCUCAGCAUUAUAACACACACGCUCCUGCAGAAACAGAAAAUACAUGUAGAAGAAACCAGAGAGCUUGUGUUAGGUUUAGGCAAACUAACCAAUCCGGUUUCCUCCUACAAUGACAUCACUUCCUGUGGCCUGCAUUCUUUUCUGCACCAGCCUGUGCUUUCUGCUUUCUUAUGCAUCAAUGGUGAUGUCACUUCCCCUGAUACCACAUUCUCCUUCCUGUCUCCAGUGAUGCAAGAGUUCUUAUUGGCCACCUCCUUUUAUCUCGACCAAUCGGUGCAGAUCUCGAAUGAGCGCUCUGAUUUGUACUACACAUUUCUAGCAGGGCUGUCGGACUCAGUCCAGCGCAAACCAAUAGAAGACUCCGUGGGUGGGUUCGAUGACAGCCGGACUUCUGCGUUCUCUCAGUGGCUGAUGGGAUAUGUUUCUACAGUGUUGGCAGGUAGCGAUGCAACAAAGCACUUUGGUGUUUUCCGGCUUCUGCAACAUGCACGUAACUCGUCUCUGGUCAAAGAAAGUAUCAGUAAGAGCCAAUGGCGGCAUGUGGGCUACAGUGAAAUGCAGGAGCCCGACUGCACAGCGCUGUCAUAUGUAGUGAGUCGCGUGGGAGAGAUGGAGCAUAUGAACCUAUACGGAGCAAAACUAACAGACGAGCAGGCCAAGAAACUUAUACCAGCAUUAAGGCUGUCGAAAAGCAUUGGUCUGUCACAGAGUCGUCUCAAUUUAGCCGCCAUCACCCACCUGGCAACAGCGCUGGCUGAGGGUCGGACGACCACGAUGGAUUUGUCCUGCUCCACAUUAGAAAACGAAUCAGUCAAAACUCUCUGCCAUGCACUUACACGCUCGCCGCUGCAAUCGCUCAAUUUGUGUGGAUGCUCAUUGACUGCAGCUGACUGUGAAGCCCUGGCGAAGAUGCUCUCCGGAGGCUCCCGACUGCGUGUGCUGAGUCUCUAUGGGAAUAAACUAGAGGAUCAAGGCCUUAUUCAUCUGAGCAGUGCACUGGAGAACUGCAGACUAGAAGAAAUCAAUCUGGAUAUGUGCUCACUGACAGCGGCAUCCAUGUCUGCACUGUCUUCAGCUCUGAACAAUGGUUUUUCAGAGCUAAGGACGCUGAUCCUGAGCCGGAACUCACUGAUGGAUGAUGGGAUGAAGCUGAUCUCUCAAGUGAUACAGAAACGCCGCCUAAACAUACUGAAAGUGUCUGACUGCGAGUUGACUGGCUCCUGCUGCCCCUCUCUGGCAGCUGCCCUCCAAUCAGAAAACUGCUGUUUGACUGAGCUGAACGUGUCCGUGAAUGAGCUCGGCCAAUCAGGAGCGAUGCAGAUAUGUGAAGCCCUGAUGUCUCCUAAGUGCACGCUGGAAAUACUGGAUUUGACGAGGUGUGAGAUGACUGAGGAGGUGUUUCGAGCGCUGGGGAGUAUUUUGAUGUCUGGCAUGUCAAGGAUUAUCAGUCUCUCGGUAGGACUGAAUAAUGUAGGCGAUACUGGAGCCAAACACAUGUGGGAGGCGCUGAGACACAAAAACUGUAAACUACAGCACCUGGAUCUGGAGAUGUUGUCGCUGACAGAUGCUUGCGUAGAGGAAUUAUGUGAAUCUGUUGCUGCCAGCAGCACUUUAUCAACUCUCAUCCUAAAAAACAACAAAAUGACAGACUCCGCCGUACCACAGUUGGUCAAAUUAAUGCUGGAUCGUCCUCAAAUGACAGAGCUAAAUUUGAAGUAUAAUGACUUCAGUGAGGAUGUUUUUGACUUGAUGGAAACGUGCCCAAAUAUUGUUUACUAGAACAAUCUCAGCAGAAAGUCGUGGCCUGAUGGUUAGAGAGUCAGACUGGUAACAGGUUGCAGGUUCGAUUCUCAAUGCCGUCAGGAAAUGACUGAGAUGCCCUUGAGCAAGGCACCUAAUCCCCAGUCACUCCCCGGACGCCACAGCAAAAUGGCUGCCCACUGCUCCGGGUGUGUGUGUUCACUACUUACUGCUCCUAAUGUGUGUAUAUACUUGGCCUUUACAUGUCACUUUCACUUUCAAGAGACAAAAGUUUGAUUUCCAUUACAGAUUUGCGCAAACUUUUGCGAUAUUUUCUAAAUGUCGAUAAAAACUAUUGCGAAAUGACGGCGUUUCCAUUAACCAAUGUUAUGCGACUAAAACGUUUUUUUUCCUCUCGCGAUAAGUCAUUCCAUUCCAUUGUGGCAUUUCUUUGUUGUUUAGAAUCCAGUAUUUCUUUUGUCUUUUAAGAGUUUAAUAAAGAACUCUGUCUCGUCUUCUAUACCGCGCAUAUACCUUCUAUACAAACAUACCGCGCCAUCUUUAAAGAGUGAUCAACAUUUCUGUACGCCAAGUGACCUAUAAAUGCAAAAAACUGUUUCCAUUCCAGUUUUGUGAAAUAUUCCUUUUUCGAAUUGCCUGAAAAACCACCUAAUGCGAGUGUAAAAACUUUUUUGCGAUAUAUGGGAGUUUUUGCAAAAUUGACGGGUUUACAUUUGGGCGUAUUUUCAAUUUGCGCAAUUUGAAGGGUAAUGGAAACGCAGCUAAAGUUACUCCUUCUAGUGGCUGUUUUACAUGCAGUUUUAUACAGUUGCCCCAAGAAGUAUGAAAGUCUUUGCAUUUGUAACAAAAUAUUAUAAAGUAGUAUCUAUUUUAAAGAAAUACAUCAUAAACACACUUUACAAGCAAAAAAAAAAGAUCACAAAAAGAAGCUUGUCAGGUUUCAUAAUUAUAAAAUAGAUACACUGCCAAAAAAUGAAUUAAUUUCUGGUUGUGAAACAUACCCAUAGUAAAUAUGACAAAUAAUUUCCUAUAUUCCUUCCAUUUUUAAUUGUGAUACUUUUAAGGCCCCUGUAUAUCAAGUCUGGUUCUUACACAUACUGAACAUCAAAAUGAUUGUCUGAAAGAAAUAGACAGCUGGAACUCACAGAUACAGUGAUUUAUUUCACAUUUCAUAUUAAGAACAUUCAAUUCAGUGUGAUUUUGAGAACUUUAGUGGCACUUAUAGUGGAGCGCUCAGUCUGGCAUUUGAGGCUUUUAUACAGAAUAAAGUGGCUGAAAGGACGGACUCAUUAGAAAUGACAAAACAGUGCACUCAGAGAGCGUCCUCGUGUGACUUUGGUCGCUCUCAUUGUAACACGCACUCACACCCUGCUGAAAAGACCAGCUUCGAGCACCAUGGAUUUGCAUGCUGCUUCUGUUUGACGAAGUUGAAGCUGUCUUGCUGGUUAAUUAAACUAGUUAAGAAGUAUUUAAAACACAACAGCAAUGCUAGUUUUUUCAGCAGGGCUCACACACAUACUCAGUAUCACAGCUCUGUUCUUCUUUCACUGAUGUUCUGGAUGGUUCUGCAAGCAGUGGAUGAACUCAGUCACAGGCCGACCCUCGUAACAGAUCUCGUACACUGCAUUAAAAAGGGGAAAUCUGUGGAAAGAAAAUGUUCAGAUGUGUUAAACUAAUUUUAUUGUGCUUGGUCUUAAUGUAAAUGCACAAUGAAAUAGUGCAGGUAUGAUGUCAAAACCCGGAAGAGUUCCUUCGAGAUUUUCCUAUGGGGUUUUAUAAUGUUUUUUUUAAAUUUAUGCGUAAAAUAAAGCCUGUGGUAAACAUAACUUGAUUAUACUUUGACACGAUGUACACUGCACUCACUUACACCCCAAACUGUCUCCUCUAGUUACUUAUUAAAAACAAACGUUUUCAAAAAUGAACAUAACUACUUAAAAUUUCGCAUAUUUGCUAUGGGUGUGUGUAUUUUACUUUGUAGAAUAAAACAUCAAAGUAUCAUCAUUGUUUAUCACAGGCUUUAUUUUACAUAUAAAUUGAAAAACCCUAUAGGAAAAUCUUGAAAGAAUUAGCGGCGAAUUAGUCUUCCAGGUUCUGACGUCAUUCCUGCACCACUCUGUCAAGUCUUACCUGUCGAGUACGCCUUUGUUUUUAAGUAUCUUGUGGAUUUCAGCGGCUGUGGCGGGACCCUGCAGCUUCUGACCAUUCAACAUUUCCUUUUCAAGCUCUUCGAGAGACUGAAACAGAGAAUCUAAUGACUACAAAUGCUGAGAAGGAUUUGUUUACUAUAUUUUUAUUGCAUUGCUAAUUUACUUUGCUUUAAAUUGCCUGUUUUGCACUAUUCUCAUUGUACGCAAAGCUACAAAUGUUUUUUUUUUUUUUGCUAAAUUGGAAAUGGAAUUGAAAUAUAUUUUGUCUCUGUCUCAUAUAAACUAAUAGACUAUCUUGGCAUCUCAA